UUGAAAUAAAAGCUCAGUCAUGCGAUGAAGCUAUUGGCUGGAAGGCUCCGGGUCCCUGCGCACUGGCGAUGGAGCGCUCUCAUAAAGAGCGCUCACACUGACCCGACACACACAUCAACCUGCAUGGGAACAUGUCGCAGUACGCUCUAGGAGUUCACAUGCAGAUCCUGCUGGCUGUGGGUCUGGCUGUAUUCUGCUACUGCCUUGUCCUCGGCUGCGUCCUUUGCUGUCGCAGAAGGAAAAGUGUUUCGUCCGAAGACAAGGAGGCAGUUUUCUUGUCUCCUUGUCCAGCUGAGAGGGUGACUGUGACAUUGACUCCAUCUCCAUGUACUCAGCCUGUCAAGCAGCAGUAUGAGGAGCUGGAUGGGGACGUGUUGGAAUUCCCUUCCUCUAAAAGCAGCUCUUCUCCCUCUGAGGACGACCUCACUGCUCUGCCCUUUGACCCCAGCCCCACCAGAUCAACUGAGCUGGUGCAGUCUCCUGGGACUUCUUCUCCAAUGCGGCGCCUCAGCACCCCGGCGGUUCCCUGCUCCCCCAGUAAAUGUGCAAGUCAUGGCAGAGCCUCUCUGCCCUCCCUCACUAAGCUGAGCUUGGUGUCUAAGUCCCGUCGGGCGAUGGGUCGGCGCAGCACUGUGAGCGGAGAAAGUUUUCUUUAUAAUGAAAGCAGUCAACUGACAGCUGGUGCUGCCAGAGCUCCCACCCAGCAGGGGGAGCCCUGCAUAUCACAGUAUGGCUCUAACUCUCUGUCCAUUCCCUCCAAACCAGCUCCUCUCCUGCAUUUCUCCUUGCUCUUCUCUGCCUGUGGCACACUGGUGGUCAACAUCUUGGGGCUGUCAGGGGCAAGUCGAAGGCGCAGUGGGGUGUUUGUCCGGGCCAGCCUUCCUCCCCUCUGCCCCUCUCCUCAGCAGAUAGCCUCUCGGCGCCGUAGCCUCAGCCCAGACCUCCACAGCCAGAGCUUUGUGCUGCAGGUGGGCUCUGUGGAGGAGCUGCGCACCUGCACCUUGAGACUGGCUGUCUACAGCAGGGACUUCUCAGGCUUAAGGGAGGCUGCGCUGGGGGUGGUGGAACUGUCCUGUGAGCAAAUGGAUUGGGAGCCUGACACCACCAUAACCCACACCAGGCAGCUUAGCCCAACUAAAACUAAGCUGAAAAAGAGUGUAAGUUCUCAGGAAACAUUGGGUCACAGGAAGAGCUCUGUGUGCGUGCCGCGAGCUUUGGGCCAGCUCUUCGUCCUGCUGCAGUACCAGGCUCUGGCCCAGCGCAUCAAGGUGAUGGUCCGAAAGGCUGAGAAUCUGGCCAAGCUCACACGGAUCCCUGGAACUCCAGAUCACUAUGUUGUCAUCAACCUGCGUCAGGAUGGGAAAGUAAUUGGUACCAAAGAAACCAAAGGUGCCAGUGGUCCAAACCCCAUCUGGAACGCGCCAUUCCUGUUUGACCUGCCCUCUGGUGACAUCACUGAGCUGCCGUUGGUCCUGGAGUUUAUUGUCAUGCAAGGCCGUCUCUACACAAAGAGCAGUAUUCUGGGUCGCGUGUUGAUUGGCAGCGAUGCUUCGGAGGCGGGACAGGAUCACUGGAAGGAAACGUGCAGUCGAGGACAAACAGAGACGGCUCGCUGGCACACCAUCCAAUCAGAUCUGCAGUAGGACUGACUGACUGCGCUGUUGUCCCUCCCUCACCCAGUAAGUGAAACACAGAGAGGUGGAGUUAAAUGAAAAUAACAUUUUGAUCUGGGGCCCAUUCCUCCCUUCAUUCUGUAUUCAUGCUUAGGUUGAUUUUUUGUUCUUAUGGCAACUUUCAUCGUUUCUCAUGUCACUUAUCAAAAGAAAAUGACGUUGAACUGAAUAAGUUCAGUAAGAUGCUGUUGGAAACACAAAUAUCAGUUAGAUGGAAAAAUAUUGUUUUAUGUGCAUCCACAGUACUUUAGAGGGAGAAGCGCUGCUCACUGCUCACAUGUCAACAGUAUUCUGCAUUGCCUUUGUGAUGAUUUCCACUGUGACUUCUUAAAACUGUAGUCUGUAAACCUGUAUCGUUCCGGUUGUAUGAAACUAGUGCUGAUGUAUUUUUACUGUUCAUCUUGUGCCCAGAGGUUACAAAUGGUUAAUGUUAACUUAAACUUGAUGGAUGUUCAAAACUGUACAAAGUUACUGUGCAUAUGCUCUGCUCGUGGUUUGCUGUGGUGUACUACAGUGCCAGUAUUUGUCCGCAUACUAUAAACACCUCUCCUUACUAAUACUGCGUGUAUGAGGCCACGACAGUCGUCUCACUUUGUGUGGCAUGCCUUUUGAAUUAUUGUUUUAUUUUUGUUAAGUUCCAAAGAGGAUUUGUUUGUUUUGCUUAUUUUGUUGUGUUUUCAUCCAUUGCAAGCUACAAUACACAAGUUGAACUCCAUAGUUCACUGAUGUCAGAGUUUAUUUUGAAUAUAUACUUACAUAACACUACUGAAUAUGUUCAGUGGUUUGAAUUUGGGCUGCUAAUGUGCAGUACAAUGUAUAAUAAAAUAUUUCUACAAUCAUUACAACUUGAUUCUACAAUAAUGCAAAGCAGAUGAAUACAAGAACAAAGAGCCUCGUCACAUUUUGUCUGCUGUGCUGCAACAUGAGGUCUUCACCAGCCAAGUGAUUGUGUAUUUUAAUAUAGCUGACUGCUUGUUAUGCACUACUCUGCUGUACAAUGAAACACUACUCAUAGCAGCCAUUGUGCUGUGGAGGUUUACUACUGAACACAAUCUGCAGCAGCCUCUCUUGUAAUGAAUCUUCUCAAAACAAGCUGGCCAAGAAUAACAUUAAACUGGAUUUCAUGGUGACUUUAGAGAGCAGGCAGACUGGAUGGACUGACAGUUUUCUCUGCAGUCAGUGGAAGACUGUUGAAUAGAAACUGAAAUAUAUGUGAUCCAUUUCACAAAAACUUGCAAUGAGAAAAUGGAAGUGAUUCAAAAAGCAACCAAUGAACCGAGCCAUCCCUCAUUCAGUCAGUUAAUUGAUGCCAAACAACCAGGUACAUCUUUGUUACUCUUUUUCUCCUCUUUGUGACCACGAGGCACACAUUAAUAUUACGUUUUCUGAUGUUUUUAGCUUUAACAACAAUUGGAGUUUUAAAGUCACCACCACAGAGUCCAGGUUAACAAAGUAAGAAAUAGCUUGUCAGGGCUGCU